CAAUCAUCUCUAAGAUAUUUCCCCAACCAGCAGCAACAACAAGAAGAAGAGAAGAAUCAUGGACGUCAGGCUAAUGGGCUGGGAUUCCCCCAUCCUCCAAACUCUCCACCACAUGAUGGACAUUGCCGGCGCCGACGACACCUACGCCCCCGGCGGCGACAAGUCCGGCAACGUCGCUUCCCGCACCUACGUCCGGGACGCCAAGGCCAUGGCCGCCACCCCCGCCGACGUCAAGGAGUACCCCAACUCCUACCAGUUCAUCGUGGACAUGCCGGGGCUCAAGUCCGGCGACAUCAAGGUCCAGGUGGAGGACGACAACGUGCUGCUCAUCAGCGGCGAGAGGAAGCGCGAGCAGGAGGAGAAGGACGGCGCCAAGUACGUUAGGAUGGAGAGGAGGGUCGGCAAGUUCAUGCGGAAGUUCGUCUUGCCGGACAACGCCAACACGGGCGCCAUCUCCGCCGUUUGCCAGGACGGCGUGCUCACCGUUACUGUCCAGAAGCUGCCCCCUCCGGAGCCCAAGAAGCCCAAGACCAUCGAGGUCAAGGUCGCCUGAGCUGAGCCCCACCAGCACUCCGAUGAGCAUCAUUCCAUCACUCUCUUUCUCUCUCUGUCUCCAUGGCCGUAGCCUCCUCUAGUAUUAGUGCCUGUGAAUAAAUGAUGAUGUGGAUUGGAGUUUGCUUGUUUGUUUGA